AAUACUCAUAAGCCUCACUCUAUAACAACCUAAUCUCUCUUUCUUAUUCUCAAUCAACACCAUGACUGAUACAGCAAUUGCUACACCAAUCAAUGACCAGGUUCCCACAAAGAAACCAAGAAAAAAGAGAAACCACCCUCUAAAAGAGAAAAACCCAUCAACAAAUGAGGCCAAUAUCAUGGCUCAAAAGCUCUCUGCGAUCUCUCCGGUCCCUGCUCCGCCAUCAGACGCAGCUGAUGCUUCCAAGGAGAACCAUGAGAGUCUCUCUCAACCUCGUUCUUCACCCAAAAAAUUAAAGGCCAAAGCAGCCACUAAAGCGAAGCAAACCAAGCAGUCUUCUUCUUCUUCUGCUACUACAACUACUAAUUCUUUUGAAAAGGAAAUGCAAGAAAUGCAAGAAAUGCUUCAAAAGUUGAAGCUUGAGAAAGAAAAGACUGAUGAAUUACUAAAAGAGAAAGAUGAGAUCUUGAAAGCGAAACAAGAGGAGCUUGAAAAUAAGGGCAAAGAACAAGAGAAGUUGCAAAUGGAAUUGAAGAAAUUGCAAAAGUUGAAGGAGUUUAAACCCAACAUGAAUUUCCCUCUACUCCAAUCUUUCAACGAGGAACAAGACAAGAAGAAGAAGAAGAAGAAGGGUGGACAUGAAAAGAAAAGGCCAUCUCCACCUUACAUCUUGUGGUGCAAAGAUCAGUGGAAUGAGGUCAAGAACGAGAAUCCGAAUGCUGAAUUUAAAGAGAUCUCAAAUAUUUUGGGGGCAAAGUGGAAGAAUGUUAGUACAGAGGAUAAGAAACCUUACGAGGACAAGUAUCAGGCUGAAAAAGAAGUCUAUUUGCAGGUAGUUAAUAAGGAGAAAAGAGAGAGUGAAGCAAUGAAGCUAUUGGAAGAGGAACAGAAGCAAAAGACAGCAAUGGAGUUGCUCGAACAAUACCUUCAGUUUAAGCAAGAAACAGAAAAGGAGAACAAGAAGACUAAGAAAGAAAAGGAUCCAUUGAAGCCAAAACAGCCCAUGUCAGCUUUUUUCCUGUUCUCGAAUGAGAGAAGGGCUUCUCUUCUUGCGGAGAACAAGAAUGUUAGAGAGGUAGCAAAGAUUGCUGGUGAACAAUGGAAGAACAUGACAGAAGAACAGAAGGGGCCUUAUGAAGAGAUGGCUAAGAGGAACAAGUUGAGGUAUAUGCAAGAAAUGGAGGCUUACAAGCAGAAAAAGGAUGAAGAAGCUAUGAAUCUCAAGAAAGAAGAGGAAGAGAUGUUUAAGCUUCAGAAACAGGAAGCCUUACAACUUCUUAAGAAGAAGGAGAAAACAGAUAACAUGAUUAAGAAAACCAAAGAGAACCGCCAGAAGAAGAAGCAACAGAAUGUUGAUCCUAACAAGCCUAAAAAGCCUGCAUCUUCAUUCUUAAUAUUCAGCAAAGAAGCCAGGAAAAACUUAGCGCAGGAGCGUCCCGUGAUCAACAACUCUACCCUCAAUGCUCUGAUUUCAGUGAAAUGGAAGGAACUCAGUGAAGAAGAGAGGCAAAUCUGGAAUGCCAAAGCUGCUGAAGCCAUGGAAAUAUACAAGAAGGAGAUGGAGGAGUACAACAAGACUGCUGCAACCUCGGAUGAGAAAGCUUAAGGCUCUCCCCCUCCCUACUACUAAUUGGCUGCUGUAGUGUGUUAGGCAAAGAAUUAACUUUGUUUUGAUGUUCAAGUCUGAAUUGAACAUCUAGUAGGUUUGCAACCAAGCCUGGUCUGAAUUGAACCAGUAUAACGUCUGAUGAAGUGUGUAAUUUCAUGUUUUGAGAUUGCAAUUGAGUAAAUUUUAUGAGCAAUUGAUGAAAUCUUGUCAACCUAAUGCUUUGAUUAAGAAAGAACACUCUACAUAUUUAAUUA